AUGGGCAGGCCCAUCCGGCCGAGGCGAUUCGUGAUCCACUUCGCGGCAUACCCGCAGGUGCGCCGCUCGGAGCUUUGCUUAGGAACAGAAGUUGCUCCAAUAGCUCGUGACCGAUUAGCGAUGAAAAUGACGAUGUGUACGGAAUUCGACGCCAGCCCGCGGGGCGGGGCCGCCCGUGAGAAAAUAACCAUUCGAGAGUGCGGCACCGACGGCGGCGGGCCAGGGAGCAAGCGGAAUUCUACGAGCGGAGAGAGCAAGUUCCCGUCUCGGCGCUGUAGGUUUUUCCGCGCGCCGGUGAAAGGUUGCUGUCACGCCGGAUUGCCGGAGAUAUGGCGUACGAUGGUAGCGCGGCAGCGCUGUGGGAACGCUUUGGCGGGCCAACGGAAAAACGAGGGCCUGUUCCUAAGCGCGCUG